UCAUAGUGGCGCUGCCCUUCCUAGCAGGGCCGUGCUGCUACGGAGGGUGGAGGACGCAGCUCCACGAGGGCCUCUAUCUCCUUGUACCCCCCGCCGCCGCUUCCCAGGGUGCCCCGGCGACCCCACAACUACAACGACACUUCUCCGCGGCCGGUUCAGCCUUUCUGGGAACUGUUACUCACCACACUGAAUACAGAAAGUGUCAGAUAAUUGAACACAGCACCAUGAAGGUUGUGUUACUGCCAGCCCUAACUGAUAACUACAUGUACCUGAUCAUUGAUGAAGAUACUAACGAAGCAGCUAUUGUGGAUCCGGUACAACCCCAGAAGGUUAUGGAAGCAGUAAAAAAAAAUGGAGUGAAACUGACCACCGUUCUUACUACUCAUCACCAUUGGGACCAUGCUGGAGGCAAUGAAAAGCUCGUAAAGAUGGAAGGUGGGUUGAAAGUCUAUGGGGGAGAUGAUCGAGUUGGGGCCCUCACUCAAAAAGUGUCGCACCUAACUAUGAUACAGGUGGGAUCUCUCACUGUCAAAUGCCUGUCGACACCAUGUCACACUUCUGGACACAUCUGUUAUUUUGUGAGUAAGCCCAGUAGUUCAGAGCCCCCUGCUGUUUUUACAGGUGAUACCUUAUUUGUAGCUGGUUGUGGGAAGUUUUAUGAAGGAACAGCAGAUGAAAUGUACAAAGCCCUGCUUGAAAUUUUGGGCCGUCUUCCCCCAGAAACAAAAGUAUACUGUGGUCAUGAGUACACCAUCAAUAACCUCAAGUUUGCACGUCAUGUUGAGCCAAACAAUGUUGCUAUUCAAGAAAAAUUGGCCUGGGCUAAGACAAAAUGUAGCAUCGGAGAACCAGCUGUACCAUCUACUAUUGCUGAGGAGUUUACAUACAACCCAUUCAUGAGAGUGAGGGAGAAGACCGUACAGCAGCAUGCUGGCGAGACUGACCCUGUGACCACCAUGAGGGCCAUCCGAAAGGAGAAGGAUAAUUUCAAAGUGCCCAAAGACUGAAGUUCCCCGCAGGAAUGAUCACAGUGCAAAUUUCUCUUGCUAGUCCUUUUUACAGUAAUUUGGGUAUUCUGAUGUUGUAGGUAAUUAAUUUCUGUUAUUGUGGGGAAAUCAUUCUUGUUUGUGGUUUGUGUUUUAUUUUUAAAUUGUCUUUAAAAGCCCUUUGUUUCUUUUGCCAAACAUUCUGUGGCAUAUUUGUAAGAUAAAAAAUUUAAAGAAUAUUUAUUCAUAUAAUUUUUGCUUUCAGAUUCUGUAAAUGAUCAGUUCUGAUUCUGAAGGCAUGCUUUCCUUAAGAGCUUAAGGGGAGAGGAGGUACUAUGAUGUGGUCAAUGCUUUGCUUUCGUGAAAUACCCUCACCCUGGAAACUGACCCCAACGAGAGGCCCCAGGCUUUGUCUGCAGCCCAGCUAGCUUUUUGAGCUCUUUUCAACUCCUAAGUUCAUAUUUGCUCUGAACAAGUUCGGCCAAACCCCAGGGAGACACUUGGGCUUGGUUCCACAGGGAGGGAGAAGAAGGUCUGGUCGGUAUUACACUUUGGACCCUUUUCCUUCAUUGCUCCUCUACAAAAGAGGUCUUUCUUGUUGCUUCAAGGUGACCUAGCAUUUAAAAUGGGUUCUUCAUUCCCAGUUCUUUACUUAGACUCCUCUCUAUCCUCAAGAUAACUUCUAAGGCCAGAGGCUAGUGUUUGGAGUUAAUAUUUUGGAGAAUUUUAUGCCAUUAUUUUCCAUGGCUCUUAUGAGUAGUAACAUAAAAUUGUUGAGAUCAUGUCCUCUGUGAAGUUGGCAUCCCAUCCCAACCUGAAUGAGACUUGGAGGGGGUGAAAAAGAACCUUCGAGAGAGUUACCUUGGUUUGAGAGAUUUAAAGAUUCAGAAGCUUGAAAACAUCCUUAAACACGUAACGUUGCUGUAUACAGGAAUUCAAUUUUCAGAUAUUAAAGACUUUUAACUCCACCAAAGCCAAGCAACCUAGACAUAUGCUUUAUUGUUUGCUCUGUUUGUUCACUUGACUUGAAUUGCAUAUUUAGGAAGGAGCCUCUGUCUCUAGGCAGAUGCUUACAAGUGUCUUCUGUCUGUCCAAGAUUGUGUUAUCAUUAUUAAACAUUAAGUGGCCUCACCUCUUGACAUGUGAUAGACUGAAGUCCCAUGGCAACCUGGAAACCCUUUGAUAUAUUAAGCCAUUGUCUACUCUGAGUAGCAAUGGGAACCAUUUUGGAGAUCACGUGACAAAGAUUAUACCAUGACUGUCCCUCUAUUGGACAGAAAUAUGUCUGGGAAGAUGGGAAAGGGUUAACCGGCAGAAUGGUAAGAAAUGCUUUGGAAAAGAAGUUCCAUCCUUAUUCAGUCCAUGUAACUCAUGCUUGCUUCUUCAUGGCUACAGUCACAGUAAAAACUGGUCUUCAUAACCGGUUUCCUCCAAUUGCCAAAUAAGCAGUGUUUUGUGGUGUUUUUCCAGCUAUGGUGAUUCAUCUUGUUGUUAGAUGUGGUCAAAAAUAUGUUCACAGGUUUGCCUGGGAAGGUUUUAUCAAAGGAAACUUGAAAUUUAUUUAUGAUAGAGAUGUAGCCACCAUAUGCGAUGGAUGCCCAAAGAGUAAACCUUCUCCAACUUUGCUAAAUGCAUUUAGCCUUUAAAGUUCCAAUGUCUCUUUCAAUAACAUUUGACCCAAAAUGUUGGUAUAGUGCGAUUCCUUUUGGGCACCUUAAUUCAGAGCAUAGGUUUUGAGCUCAGUGAUGGCAGGGGUUUCAUUAACCUUUAAAUUGUUUUCUGUGUUUCUAAGUGGGAGGGAAAAGGGUAGUUCAGGGCCCCUUCAAAUACAGUAUAAUUAUUAAGUAAUAAGACUUAAUUUCUAUAAGUUACCAUGGAAAUUUGUCUUAUUUCUUUAUAGCCACACUGCAUUUUCAUUCACAUAAACUGCGCAUAGUUGAGCCCUGGGAGGCUGUCCUUUAGACUACACUGUUGCUGAGUGAGCUUUCCAGUAAUGAAGAAACUAAAGCAGUGGAAACUUAAGAGUGGCUGUUUUGGGUAGCUUUUUUUUUUUUUUUUGGUGGUUAGUGGGUUGUGUUUUUGGUUUGUUUUUAAUGAGAAAGUGAAUGGGGGCCCAGGGAGUAUUUUUUUCUCUUUGCCUCACCUGUAAGCCUGUUUCUGUCUGGUCCCUUUUUGUCUCAUCAUCCUCCAAUAAAAUUUGGCUACUAGAUUGGUAAUGACUGAACAGAGCAGAUAUGGGGGGCUUGCUUUGCUCCCCCUGCAUAGGUGAGGAGGAAGAGGAAAGUGGAGGAAGACUGUGAUCUGAAGCUGUAGAAAGGUUCCCAGAGAAGAAGUCAGGUCUAAAUUGGGCAUCUAGAAUCACAGUGGAAACAGUUACAGUUGCUAAGUCUUACUUUUCAGAUAAAGGGACUCUUCUCCCUUUUCUCACUUGCUGUCAUCCCAUGGGAGGGUCCUUGAAUGUCACACAGCUUUGAGAAAAUUCUACCCCAUGUGAAUCCUUGCCAGUCCCACCUUCUGAUGUGCUUUAGUGCCCAGGAUAGAAUAGGAACAUGAUUAAUUAUAACUUGCUGCCCACCCAUUCUACAGCAGGGCAUUUCUGUCCUUGGCUAAUCUCAAUUGUGGCUACUGUUACCAUUCAGUUGAAGUUAGGGUUUAACAUCUCCAGAGAAUGAAUGGAAUGCCACCAGACCCUGACCGAAUAGUCUCAGACACAUUCCCCAAGUGGGGAUCAACCUGCAGGACUGCUUAUGUCCUAUUCAAAAAACAGACCAAGACUCCUGAGAAGCUGGGUCACUUCACAUUGGGCUUUUCUGGAGGUACUGGGGGAGGGGGAUGAGAUGGUCCCCAUUCUGUACCUGCCCACCGACUGACUGGCAAGGAGAAGAGGGCUGUUGGCACUCUACCAGCUCUCUCUCCAGCUCACAGACUGAGUUUCUAGUUACAAAGUUUCAUUUCUGCAUUUGAAUUUGGGGGGGGGGGUUGAAUCUUUUUUUUUUAAUAAGUUUGGGUUUAAUUUUGUGAAAAAUAGGCAGCCAUUGGCUUGCCCCUUUCAUGCUAUGCAAAGUGAUGAAGCUGGUGUGUAAGCCCCAUAGCAGCUGUGAAUCAAUGAGCUUGUGAGGGGUGUAUAUCCAUUCUCCUGUGGGGAGGGAGAAUUCCUGCUGCUCCCUAUUGGAGGGGAAGAUGAAACCUGUGUCUGUUCUGCACUUUGAGCUCCUCAAGGAGAAGCACUGUGGAGUAUUAUUCUUGUUUCUGAAUGAAUUUUAUCUUCUGUGAUAAGUGUUGAGUAGGCAUAGCGUGUAAUGGUUUCUCUAAUAAAUUCUUCACUGUUGAAAACA